CCGCUCGCGCGCUUUGAUCCUUCAUUCUUUUUCGAGUUCUUUCGUCGUUUAUCCCAUUGGAGGAGGCUGCAGCUACGUAGGUGACCAGUUUUAUCAAAAUUUGUCGAAACGGCUCUACGUUCAUCUUUAGAGAGCGAAGAAGGCGCCGCACAGAACAUCUUUUUCCGACUUUGCGCGCGCGACUGCCUGCGCAGUCCUCGGGACGCCAGAAUGCCUAGUGCUUCCACGGGCGGCGUGUCGUCUUGGAAGACGUUUACAUUUCUGGCUUUCUACGUCAUCGUGGAUGUGGCGAAAAAUCGGGCCAACGAUACCUGCGUGAAGGGCACCGCGGUAUUUGAUUUUUUUUUUAAACUGCGGAACCAGGUUGAUCUAGUUCGACGUUUUGAACUAUCACCUGAGGUUAACGGCAACGACCCCAGGCAAGAAUCGCAAUACGUCUCUGUGGCUUGUAUGGAAACGCACAACUAGAGGCAUAGUUGUACGAGUUCAGCCCCCUCUAUUUCGAAAAGCAAUAACCACGUAACAAUUUUCGUAUUACUAAGCUUUCUUUCGUUCUCUUCCCCAGGUGCUGCCGCAGAGCCUGCCCGUGACGGUGGCGUGCGUGUCCCUGGUGCUCUCCAUUUGCACUUCAUUCUUCAAAGGCGGCAUGGACCAGGUGCGGCACUGCUUCGAGGUGUCGCUCUGGCUGCAGAACCUGCCGAUUGCGGUCUUCUUCGCCAUUUCUCAAUCGAUGGCCGUGCUGUAUUGCGAGGAAAAAUCCCCCCUCCCCAUUUUGAAAAAGACAUUUGUGAUGCUGAAUUUGCGUAAACAAAUCGCGAAAAGACCAAGAGACAUUGUUGCGACCUGAGUUGCAGGCUAUUUGUCAUGCUGUUUGCCACUUCCACUCGCCUCCUGUCAUUCGAAAGAUGCAAGGCUUUCCCACGCCAGCCAGCACUACAGUCCGCAUCUUUUGCCUUCUAGCAUGACAACGCGAUUGGUGGUAGCAAAUCAUGCUACACAAGUCCCGUUUUAGUAUGGGGAGGGGGGAUUUUUCAUUUUGAUAUGCUGCAGAUGGUGUUUCUCACCGCGGGCAUGGCGAAGAUCACCCAGCAAGUGCGGCUCCCGAUGAACGUGUUCCUCGCCUUCUUCGUGUCCGGGCGGAUGCACACGUUCCGCCAGGUCACGGCGGUGGUUAUGCUGGCGUUGUCGGUGGCGCUCUUCCAGUUGAACCAGUCUGGGGCGGACGCCGGCAGUCCGCACGGCGACCAGCGGUAUCAAAUGCAAAAAUGUCUCGGUCUGGAAGAAUGCAUGUUUGUCAUGCUGUUUUUGGACUCUAAAAAAAAUUUGUAUUGCAUGACCAGCAAGAGGAGUCUAGUUUGUGCUACGCGGGGAGGGCGUUUGUCAUGCGGAGUAGGCAUCAGGAAGCCCUCUAAAGAUCUGCGAUGCUAGGUCGUGCAUUGCAGACAUUCUGGGUCAUGAAAAAUAUGCAUGACAAACCUGGCAACCUCCCAGACCCAGACACUUUUGCAAUGGAUAAGCGGAUCGGCAUCGCAAUCUCCGUGCUGGGGUCGCUGGGCAGCGUGCUCGGGUGCCUGCUGUCGGAAAAAAUAAUGAAGCGGGACGUGCACACGCCCUUUUACGUCCAGAAGUUCCACCAGGAGACCGGGGGGCUGCUGGUCAGCGCGGUCCUGCUCUUUGCGCUCCCCUGGCUCGGCCACGUCAUCGACCAGAUGGAAAACACGCCGCACGCCACGCACGCGCUCAAAAACUCCCUUUUCAGUUACAAGGCGGUUUUCGCCGUGCGGAAAGACGUAGAAGGUAUAGUACGCUGCCGUGUGCUUGCUCUUGAAUAGAAAAAAAAAACCUCUCCGCUAUAAGUACUUAUUAUCGUUCGCGGUUGUAGUAUGUACGGACGAUAGUCUGUACCAAAACUCCGGUAGUAGGAGUUGUAAGCCCGGUGGAGCGCGUAGCUUUGCGCAGCUAAGGGCUUUUUGCAUGAUGUACAGCGCCCUUGGUCCUCGUUGCCAUGAAACCACUUACUAUGAAGUAAGUAGGUAAAUGUUGCCCGCGACCGAACCACAUCAACAGGUCCUGCGCAGAAGCUUUUUGACUACAGCGGAGACCGGUUCAAUUCGCUAGCGGAGUUCAGUGCUCACGAAAACAGGGAGGCGACGCUGCUGCAACUCCGGGAAUCCGCCGAUAUCCUGAGUAAAAACGUACCCACACCAGAGUCAGGAUGUGGAUUUUGCAACACAAACCUAGGAGUUUUGUGAGUCACGCAUGACAAGUUGCACUAUGCAGUGUAGUGCAGGUUAGCAAGUGCAGCCCGCAUCACAGAUUCAUCUGCUCAUCCUGUUCACAGCAUCACAAAUUCCAAAACACGACUGGAAAUGGCUCUCAUGGGGAUGCGCAUUACAAGUCUUCCUGUCUUUGCAAAUCUGCAUUACAACUCUGGUGUGGGGACGUUUUUACUCAGGAUAGCCGACCAGGAGGAGUUUGUGGAGUUUGGCGAGCGAAUAUGAUAGUGGUACACAACUCCCCCACCUCUCCCUUAUUUGUCAUGCAAAAUACCAAAUGGUCACCAGUUGCCUAUUGGGACAGCUCGCAUGACAGGUUCCGGAAUGAUCCAUAACAGCACUAGAAAAUGAAAUCGGUCGUCAAUUUGUCAUGCAAAGCUGCAUCUGCGCCGGAGCUUGUGUUGCUGUGGAUGGCAACAUCCAAUUAACGGGGAGGGGGACCAGUUGUGCACUCUCAUAGCGGAAGGACUUGACUGUCCACAUCGCCCUGGAGAGGCUCGCGAAAGUUGCGGAGAGUGCGCGGCGAGCGGCGCUGUACGCGCCGUACGCCCGGCAGCUGAAGUGCGUGGGCGCCACCGAGUUUUUCGACCAGGUGGCAUUCGUGGCGGACAAGCUGCCGGAUACCUGGCUCGGGGUCUAUGUCCGGAAGAGCAGGGAGGGUUUUAAAACAUCAAGCAUUGAAAAUAAUAAUAUUCAUCAACCCGCUCUCGUCGGUCCGAGCGGGGGCAGCGGCGAAGUUCACGGCGGGACGAGUCUUGCAAUGGAAGGGGACGACAACAAAAGGCAUGCAGAUCACGAGUCAACUAUAGAACUGAUAGCCCCCGCAAGUAGAACCGAAACAAACUCUCUUUCCCCGGUCGCGGCAGAACAUCAAAGCCUCCACUUUCUCGGUCCAGCUUCUAGUACUACGACGCCAUCGGGAGCAGCAGGUGACAGCACAUCAAGUAGUCAACAUGAUCUCGGUACAGAUCCGUUUUGCAAGAGCCUCUCGCUGGGACGCGAGGCGUGCUUUCUGUUCGCGGAGACGCAGCAGCGCUGGGAGCUGCGGUUCCGGUCGACCAACACCACGUCGCAAUCGGAACGCUGGUCCUCUGCAGUGGUGGUAUCGAGCGAGAAGGAGCUCGGCGCUCGGGGGCUGGAACACGCGGACAGCGCAACGCCACCGCGGUGGCAGUACAGCGCGCUAGUAGAAACCGCGUUUCAAGAACACCUGUUUCCAGAAAAGCAGGAAGUAGCGCAAAUUUCAAGUUCAACAACCGAUAGUGCGGGUAGUAGCAGUAGUAGUAGUCCAUCUAUCAGCAAUAGUGCGCUCGCCGCAGGAGAGCAACAGAAACUACAGCAGGGGCUAUCACAACUUGCAGCAGAAAAUAGGCGAAUAGAAUCCUCACCCAAUGACAAGCUUCUCUUCCGCAACGAGCUAACGCAAUUCUGGCACAGAAACAGCGACCGAUGGAAGCGGAAAGAUGACGAGAAUUUUGCGAGUAGUGGAGAAAGAGACACAUCACACGAGGUGGACGCAGCUGCGGCAAAAGUAGAAUCCGCUACCGCUUCGAGCGAAGUAGAUGACACCUCAAUAUUACCGGCCGACACUCGCGUAGCUAGUACUUCCCCGAAAGAUAAAAACACCAGGAUUUUUGACAGCACCGCGAUUGUAGUUCUGCAGGGAGCCACAGCGCCGGGGUUGCCGAUAGCGCCGGGUUCCCGCGACCGCGUUUGCAGCCCUUCGGUGUGCCCAGAGAAGGACUUUCGGGGGUAUCGCUAUUUGUUUCCGGAGGAUAAGGCGGAGCAGUGGAGCCAAGGCGUGCUGCAGGUGUACGACCGUGGAUUUUUCGCCGGCUGGGAUUUGUCGGUGUUCUACACGCUACUCUGGAUGGUCAUCUCCUUCUGGCAGGCGGGACUAUUGGUAGGCGAUCUUUAUUGUCAAUUAAAUAUUGAAAAAAAUAAAAAGUGGAAAGAGCCACGCCUUCUAUAGGAAAAAGAAAGAGUGAAGCCACGACAUCCAUGAUCCGUGCGCAUGGCUACUUCUUACUAGAAUGCUGUCCAAGAGCUGCUGCCCAACAGGUGGAACUGCGAAUAAAAAACUCACUUUGUGAUCUAUCCAGGUAAAAUAUCUCUCGUCGCUGUGGAAAAACGUGGGGCAGUGCGUGUGUACAGUGGUCCUCUGUCUGUGGGAGGUCACCGUGGUGCGGCCGCUAUCAAAUGCAAAUAUGUUUGGGUCUGGAAAAGCGCAACGUUCUUUCCCCUGCACAUUUUACAUGACGCAUGAUGUCUCUGAUGUGUGUCCUAGCAUCACAGAUUUUCUGAGUCCUUCUUGAGGCCCAUUCCGCAUGAGAAACUCCCUCUCCGCAUAGCAAAACCUGGACUCCCUUUGCUGUGCACGCAACACAAAUUUGUUUCGAAUCCAAAGCCAGCGUCACAAGUUGCAUCUUUCCAGACCCAGACCUAUUUGCAUUUGAUACCCGCCGGAAGGCGACUACUCGCCCACUCGGAUCAUCACACUCACCAUAGUAUCCCACAGCAAAAAGCUGGCAGGGCAUAUUUGUAAUGCAAAAAUAAACACACAGAAAAAUCUGUCAUGGGCGACCUCGUAGCAUGCUAUUUAGGAUAUGCAACACAAAUUCUCUUGUCUAUUUAUUUUUGCAUUACAAAUAUGAACUGGCUGCCAGUUUUUUUCAGUGUGAUACCUAGGCGCCUUGGUGGUCGUCAGUUGGGUCGUGGUUUUUGGUUGGUUUUUAUCCUGUGCAAAAGUGUCGUACUCGUAGUAAUCGCAGUCAUGCAUUACAAAUCUUCGCCCCAAGGUAAAACAGCAUGACAAAUUCCAUUUGUCACGCUGAGCUAAUUUGUCAUGCGAUUUAUACUAGUAUGAUACUUUUGCAAUGCAUAGUUUUCCGAGCAGGGCAGCGCCGGCCCGGCGACGGGCAAGCGGAAACGGGACACCACCGAUCGCCAGGAGCGGGUCCUCGUUUCGGUCUGCAGCUCCGAUACGGGGUCGUCGGACGAUAUACACACGGCAUCCGACGGAAGCAACCGCCGAGCACCGCUGCUCAUGGAAAUGGAAGACAAAGCGGGGGCAAAGGGCUGAUGGAUGCCAAGAUCAGCUUGGAAAUAUUGUGCACCUCACGCACCAUAUAAUGACCUUUCAUGAUGCAACCCGAAGACAAAUUUUGCAUGUAAAUGAAUGUUACGUCCACUACGUCGAGCGGUUUAACUUCAUGAAAAGCGUUUAUUUUGCUCGGACAAGAGAAUACAGAAUGAAGAAAUAAACACAUGUCAACAUGCACCCCUUGUACUUACAACGGGUGUCGUGCGCAAAAAAAAAAAUGAAAGAAAGGGCUCGUCAACCUUUCGACCCCGGAUGCUGAAUCACAAGAGUUAUUAGUCAAUGACUACUUUGCUACAUUCAUCUACUUCAGACCUACAAAUGCCAUCUCGGACAAAUAAGGCCAUUUGGUACAGUUGUGAAAUUGAGAAAGAAAGGGACGAUUUGGGCGAGCUGCUUUUGGAGUUCUACUCCUAGCAGGAAAU